UAUUGAAAACAAUGGCUAAGUCCAAUCUUUCAGCCUUACUUUCACUUCUUUUCUUAAUUUCCAUUUCAUUUCGCACAUUAGCAGCUCAAAACGACGUCGUCGCCUCCGCCAUCUGCCCUAGAACUAAAAAUCCCCCCUUCUGCGCCACCGUCGUGCAAUCCGCCGCCACCGCCGACUUGAAAGUCCUCGCCGGCUACACUCUCAACCUCGCCCACACCAACGCCGGCGACUCACUCUGCCUCGCUCGGUUGCUCGCGGCGACUGCGGCCAGUCCUCUCCUCAAGUGGCGCUACUCCUCCUGCUCCGCCAGCUACGACGGCGCCUUCGCGCAAAUCCGCCAAGCGCAAAAGCACUUGGCUGAUGGUGACUACCUGGACGUCACUGAUCUGACCACGGGCGUGGUGGCGGCCGUCGCCAAGUGUCUGGCUAAGUUCAAGAAGCCGCCGCCGGACGCGUCGGGUCUGACGAAGAACGGGAAAACUCUGGAGGAUUUGUGUAGCAUUGUGUUGGUUUUGGCCGAUCUUCUCCCCGGAGUUCGGACCGACGGAAAUGGAAACCAGCGUAUGUGAUUGGGAACUGGAAACUUUCUUGACUCGUAGUAGUAUCCUAUU